UGUGUAAAAAAAGGAAAAUUGCUUUAUUCCUUUUACAUGUUGAAUCAAUUUUCACUUGUUGUACCUUUUCUUUGUUUUCAGGUAUGAUGCAACCAUCGAGGGUCUCACUCCAAAUGGAUAUCAUGUCUCCUACGAUGGAUGGGGGAAUAAGGAGGAGGUGAAGCUUAGGGAGAUGAAGCCAGGUGUCUUGUCACAGGAACUAAAAGAAGCUCUUGGUAUACCAGAUGGUGCCCCUCCUCCCUGGCUUAUCAACAUGCAGAGAUAUGGUCCUCCACCUUCUUAUCCGCAUCUCAAAAUUGCUGGCUUGAAUGCUACGAUCCCUCCUGGAGCAAGCUUUGGUUAUCAUCCUGGAGAAUGGGGUAAACCUCCUAUUGAUGAAUAUGGGCGUCCUUUAUACGGAGAUGUUUUUGGUGUCCAACAACAUGAACAACUCAACUAUGAGGAAGAGCCUGUUGAUAGGAGCAAGCAUUGAGGUGCUUUGGAGGAAGAAGAGGAGGAAGAAGAAGAACAGAUGGAGUAAGAGGAAUUGGAGGCAGGCAUUCAAUCUGUGGACAGUCUUUCGAGCACUCCCACUGGUGUGGAGACCCCUGAUGUCAUCGACCUCCGGAAGCAACAAAGGAAGGAGCCUGAGAAACCUCUGUAUCAGGGAUGAUUUAGACAACAUAACCUUAGAUAGGAUGAGUUAAACCAUCUCAAGAAAUAAAAGACGUCGUAAACUAAAAUUUUUGGCAACCAGAGGAUGAUUUAGAACUUGUCUAGUAGGUGAAAAUUCUUUGCUUUGGAUGGUUGAAAAGGAUGGUUCAAGCACCACCUAUAUGAAGCAUGAACCAGCAAGUUAUUACAGUUUCAAUUAUCUUCAUGCUGUAAGAAUUAGUUUCCUUUAUCUUUAAAUUUUGCCAUACAUAGAUUAUUGUUAUCACACGUAUGCAUUUGAUCUUAACCAAGAACUGCCGCACAAUGGAUUUUCAUGCUUCUUACAUCCAGUAGAGUGCAAUCAAUUCACAUUGAUGGUUCUAUUUGUAUUAUUGCGAGAAAUCUGACAUUCUCAUUUAAUAUAAGAUGUUUACACUUUGUUCCAUCUCCCAGGACCCCGCGACAA